AUGAUCUCAAGUCCACAAGUAUGUCGCUUUAUACCUCUGGUAAGUCGCCGUCACUCCACGGAAGAUGUAGUCAACCCCUCCCCCUUUCCAUCAUGGAGCAUCCAACUAAUUCCAGCAUACUAUCAAGUAUCCCGGACACUAUAUCCCAUCACCCGUGCAGCGACACGACAUUAUUCUACAGCAACAGCAAGAUCGAAGAUAGAAGCCAAAACAGCACAUUCGCACAGAAGCGAAAGGGAUUCGAACUCGUUAUCAAUUACUGCAAGGCCCAAAAACGCGGUGGAACAUGUCCUAACCACAUUCGACCAGAUCGUGAACUGGGCACGCCAGGGCUCGUUAUGGCCGCUUAGCUUCGGGCUCGCCUGCUGCGCGAUCGAAAUGAUGCACGUCUCGAUGCCACGGUACGAUCAGGACCGCCUGGGGGUCAUCUUCCGCGCCUCGCCCCGCCAGGCGGACGUCAUGAUCGUGGCGGGGACGGUGACGAAUAAAAUGGCACCGGCGCUGAGGCAAUGCUACGAUCAAAUGCCGGAUCCGAAAUGGGUGAUCAGCAUGGGGAGCUGUGCGAAUGGGGGCGGAUACUACCAUGACAGCUAUAGUGUGGUCAGGGGGGUGGAUCGGAUUGUGCCCGUGGAUAUCUAUGUGCCUGGUUGUCCCCCGACACCCGAGGCGUUGCUGUAUGGGAUCUUCCAGCUGCAGAAGAAGAUGCGGAGGACGAAGGUCACCAGGAUGUGGUAUCGCGGGUGA